AUGGUUGUCAUUAAGAUCGCCUUCAUGGCAAUGUUGGUUUUUACAACUGCCUUUGCCGCCGCCCAACCCGUCGCCGAUGCUGAGGAGAUCCAAGUUUCGGAUCCGAGGAACGUGGAAGAUGCGGGCAUUGACCCCCGUGCAAUCACUACGUGCACCUCAUCAGAAAAGACCAAGUGCAAAAACAAGGGCUUGACUUGCUACAAGGUCGAUGGUAGUGCUAAGCAAUCGAAGGAGCUUUUGGGGAGAAAUCUGCCUCCGUGGGGCCCGUAA